CUAUCAGAGUCCCUUUUAAAAGCUCCGACCUUUAAAAGCAUGUGACAUCUCGACUUUGUGCUCCAAGCGUGGCUCCAUACAGGAGAAUAAGUGAGCGAAGAGGGACGUGGACGCGGCAAGGCACAAGUCGCACCAUCUCGACGCAACUUGUACACCAGACUGGAAGAAGUUUCUCUCCGCUUGCCUCUUGAAUCUCAUUCUUUGGAGAGACAUCCGAUCUCUUGACAGGGGCCAGCACAAAGUCAACAGACGCUUGGUGUGUGUGUGUGUGGGUGUGUGUGUGUGUGUGUGUGUCUGUGUGUGUGCGCGCGCGCUCCGCUCUGACCUAACCAUCACACCACUGCUUGUUUUGGCUCGAAUACAUUUUUUCUUUUUUUUUUCUUUUUUUUCGUAAGAAGAGAACUGUAAGUAAGCCGUGAGAUGACCCUGUCUGGAGGCAGCGAAAGAGCCAGCGACAUGUCCGGCCAGACGGUGCUCACAGCCGAGGACGUGGACAUCGACGUGGUGGGCGAGGGAGACGAUGAGUGUAUGGAGCGGGACAGCGAGUGCGACAGUCCCGGGGGAGGCGUCCUGCACGACCUCCGGGAUGAUGAGGACAUUGAGGUGGACAAAGAGGAGAUGAGGUCCGGCGGCGGGAGUCCCUGCUGCGAGAGCUCCGGAGAGGGAGAGACCGGCACCGGCACCGGCACCGGCAAGGGAGACGAUCAGAGCACCGCGCCGGGAGGUCCACUCCAGAAGCCCAAAAGUAGCCUGGUGAAGCCGCCGUAUUCCUACAUCGCGCUCAUCACUAUGGCCAUCCUGCAGAGCCCGCAGAAGAAGCUCACCCUCAGCGGCAUCUGCGAGUUCAUCAGCAACCGCUUCCCCUACUACCGAGAGAAGUUCCCGGCAUGGCAAAACUCCAUCCGACACAACUUGUCUCUCAACGACUGCUUCGUCAAGAUUCCUCGGGAGCCCGGCAACCCUGGCAAGGGCAACUACUGGACCCUGGACCCAGCCUCGGAGGACAUGUUUGACAACGGCAGCUUCCUCAGGAGAAGGAAAAGGUUCAAAAGAGUUCAACCGGACGUGCUCAGGGACCAGACUGCUCUAAUGAUGCAAAGUUUCGGCGCGUACGGGCUCGGUGGCCCCUAUGGGAGGCACUACGGCAUCCACCCGGCCGCGUAUUCGCACCCUUUGCAAUACCCGUACAUCCCCCCCGUGGGGCCCAUGCUGCCACCGGGCGUCCCUUUACUGCCGUCGGCCGAGUUGAACCGCAAAGCGUUCAACUCCCAACUCAGCCCGGGCCUGCAACUGCAGCUCAGCGGUCUGAGCACGGCGUCCAUGAUCAAGUCCGAACCGUCCAGCAGACCCUCGUUCAGCAUAGAGAACAUUAUCGGGGUGCCCAGUUCGUCGUCGUCCACGGCGGGCUCAGCUCAGGCCUUCCUGCGGCCUCCGGUGACCGUUCAGUCGGCCCUGCUGAGCGCUCAGUCCCUCUCGCUGACCCGGACCACCGCCGCCAUCGCCCCCAUCCUCAGCGUACCUUCCCGUAUUCUUUCCGGACACGUUUUACCGUCGGCCACGGUGGCCAAAUGGCCCUCACAGUAACUUUUACCUUAACUACUACAAAACAUAUUUUUUCUAUUGAGACACUCUUGCAGUGGACGUUUAGGCAGCACUGGACUUUGUGUAAUAUGUAAAGACUGUUCACACGCAGAGAAAAAAAAUAGGAAUUAUUUCUGUACAGGUAAUAUUUGUAAAUAUUCUUUUUCUAAAUGAAUAAUCAGAAUUUCGGGGGCCUUUUUUGUUUGAUUACCAUUAGAGAUCUGUGAUCAUUAGUUUACAUUUUUUUGUACUGAUGCAGGAUGUAGACAAUUAUGACUUCCUUUUCGUAUAGAUACAAAAAGUUCUGAAAUAGUCUGUUUAUUAUGAAAAAAUAACCAGUAUGUGUAGUUCAAUUUAGCUAUAUUGUGGUGUACACUGGCUUUUAUUGUAAAUAAAUCAGAUAAAUAAUUCUUAUACAACUGA